CUCCCUAAAAGGACGAUGUUGACUGUGGACGAAGAAAACCAAGCUUCAGGAAGUUAGGGUGAAGCCACACCGCUCUACUGGAUACAGAGUGCUGAGUGUGAGAUCCUGCAUAAUAAUGAGUUCAGAGCGCAUUAUUGAGGACACCAUCAACUCUCUCCUGAAUGAAGUGAACAAGGAGGACCUCCAUCUUCUGUUUAGUAAAGAUGAAGAGUGGGAGCAAUUUGUGGCCGAUGCUGAGUUAACCAGAGAUGAGGCAAAGGCAGUUCGUGAAGGUCUAAAGAAACAUGGAAAACUCACGGUCGCAGAAAUCAAAAAGAUGGGCCAACGAGAGAAGGAGUUCAGGGAGAAGUUUUUGAAGUUAUAUUCUCGGGCCAAAAAGGAAGCUGAAGAGUCCAUAAAACAGCUCCAUGCACUUGCAGAAAAGGCUGACGAGGUCCACAAGAACUGUACCAUUGCUAAUGUGGUGGCAGACUCCACUGGCAUCGUAUCCGGCAUCUUGUGUAUUGCGGGCAUAGGUCUGGCCCCAUUUACAGGAGGGCUCAGUUUAGCAGUGUCAGGAGCUGGUUUGGUGACAGGUUCAGCAGCUACUGUCACAGCUGUGGCCACCAGCAUCGUGGAGCACAGUUAUAUGUCAUCCAUAGAAGCUGAGGUCAAGAAAUUGGAAUCGACUGAAGACAAUUUACGUCUGCUCUGGGAAAUUUUAGAGAGCUUUAUUGACUACACCAUCCACUCUCUCCUGAAUGAAGUGAGCGAGGAGGACCUGCAAUCUCUGUUAAGUAGAGAUGACGAGUGGGAGCAACUUGUGGCUGAUUCUGAGUUAAGCAGAGAUGAGGCAAAGGCACUUCGUGAAAGCUUGAGGAAACAGGGAACGCUCACGGACGCAGAAAUCAAAGAGAUGCACCAACAAGAAAAAGAGUUCAGGGAGAGGUUCUUGAAUUUAUAUCCUCAGGUAAAAAGUGAUGUUGAGAAGCACAUAAAUCAGCUCCACAUACUUGCAGAGAAGGCUGACCGGUUCCAUAAGAAUCGUGCCACUGCUUACAAGGUGGCCAAGCACACUGGCUUGGCAUCCAGCCUCCUGAAUUCCCUGGGCAUGAUCCUGUCUCCUUUUACAUCAGUGCCCAGUUUCACACUGACAGGAGUUGGUUUGGUGCUGGGAUAUGUGGCAGUUGCCACAACUGUGGUCAGCAAAACCCAGGACCGCAAAAAUGUGCUGUCCAUAGAAGCUGAGGCCAAGAACUUGGAAUCAACUGGAGUCAACUUAGGUCUGCUCUGGGAAGUUCUAGGUGAUAGCAAAGAAAGAAUCUCUUCUUUAGUAAAUUGUUACAAGGUUGUGAGACACAUUGCAAGACAUGUUUGUGUCAUGAAGUUGGCCAGUAUCAGCCCUGAGGCAACAGCUCAAAGUUCUAGUCUGAACAGCAAAGUUUUGGGAGCCACUACCAAGACGAAGACCAAGGAAGUCAGUAUCAUUGGUAGGGCCUUCAGUGGUUUAGCAAUUCUGAUGGAUAUAUACGGUCUUGAGCAAGACUCAAAGGAAUUACAGGAGCGGGCUAAAACAGAGUCUGGUGAGAUGCUGAAGCAGCGGGCUCAGGAGAUGGAAAAUAUGUUGGUGGAACUCCAACAAGUCUAUGAGACGCUGCAGUCGGAUCUGAUUCCCUCAGAGGAGCGCAGGGAACAGGGUGGUGGGUCGGAGUAA